AUGAGUGCCCCUGCCUAUUACGAGCUCUAUAGAAGAUCUACUAUUGGAACGACGCUUGCCGAUGCACUUGACACUUUGAUUUCAGAUGAAAAGAUACAACCUCAGCUCGCAAUGAGAAUUCUUCAUAAUUUUGAUAGAAUUGUCUCAGAGUUGUUGAAGUCUGAGGCCGGUAUUGCCAAAUCCAAAUUAACCUUUAAAGGAGACUUACACACAUAUAGAUUCUGUGAUGAUGUCUGGACAUUCAUCAUUAAGAACGUGUUGAUAAAGUUGACAGAUGUGUCUACUAAUGAUAGUAAUGAUAACGAGAUUAAUGUAGAUAAGUUCAAGAUUGUUGCAUGUAAUUCAAGGAAGGCUGGUGAUUUGUAA